GAAAGAAUCUAGAAGCAGAUACUGCGUAGGUUGAAGUACAUUCUGAGGAAAGAGUAUACAGAGAAAGACAGAGACGGAGAGAGACAGAGACAUGGAUCACAGACAGCUGAGAGACAACAUCCAUAACUUCAGCCUCGAUGACUGCGCUCGGGGGAAUCAGGGGUAUAACCGGGUUCUCCUGCAGAUAUUCGGUUAUACAGGUCACGGGAAAUCCUCUCUGAUCAACUCUUGUAAAUAUUCCCUGGAAGAGGACGGGGGAUUUAUCGAGCAUGCUGUGGCUGGAGAUAACUAUUAUGGAACAACUACGAUAAGAAAAGCCUAUGAGCUCACCGGUAACAUCACCAUGGUGGAUAACAGAGGGUACAAUACAAUGGACGGCUUCCAAAGAGCUGAAGUUUAUGCCCAACUGGGAAACUUCAUCCCUGUAGGUGAGAAGGUGGUUUGGAAAGAUAAUUACACUGAUAUGAUGACAAGUGUGGAGCGAUCUGAAAUGGACCCAAAUUACACAGACUUCAUUGUUCCUGUUUUGGUUUAUAGUGCCAGGGACGGACCUGCAGAACAGAAAAUGCCAAAACUGAAAACAUUUAUCAGUAACUGUAUAGAAAUGACAGGAGUUGCCCCUAUCAUUGUCCUCACCAACAAAACCAGCGGAGAUUACUUGGAGAUGGAGAAGAAGUUCAAGCUGAUAGGGGCUGAGACUGUGAUAGCCGUGGAGAACUACACCAAGGAGAGAUGGAUAAAAACUCUGGGGAGAACCACAGACUUCCUGAUGUUCAUUAAUGGUGCCAUAAAACAAGUAAAAUUCCGUAUGGAACAGACAAGGAACCCGCGGGAAGAGCGAGUACAGCGGAAGAUAUUCCUGCUCCAAUACAUACAUGAGGCUGAUAAGAAAAAGGAUAAAGAGAAAAGAGAGCGGGAGACGUGCCAGGAAGUAGUUAAUAGUAGAAAGGGAGUUUGGGGAUGGUAUAAUUGGGUGUUACGUAGGUAGAGAUGCCAGAUGUGAGCAGGGGCUGAUGUUAUUAAAUGGAAAAUAUCACUUAGAGUGGGGUUUUGGUGCAUAAUUUCACAACCUCCACUUACUGUACCGUAGAUGUAUAAUAGAUGUCCCCACUUUGUAUACAAGGCAGGUGUCCCCUUCAUGUGCUUCUAGUUCUCUCUAUAUAUACAAACCGCCACCGUGGCCUGGCCACAUCUCCUUCCACAUACAUACCGCCACCGUGGCCUGGCCACAUCUCCUUCCACAUACAUACCUCCACUAUGGCCUGGCCACAUCUCCUUCCACGUAUUCACAGCCACAGUGGCCUGGCUGCAUCUCCUUCCACAUACAUACCACCACCGUGGUCUGGCCACAUCUCCUUCCACAUACAUACCACCACCGUGGCCUGGCCACAUCUCCUUCCACAUACAUACCACCACCGUGGCCUGGCCACAUCUCCUUCCACAUACAUACCACCACCGUGGCCUGGCCACAUCUCCUUCCACAUACAUACCACCACCGUGGUCUGGCCACAUCUCCUUCCACAUACAUACCACCACCGUGGCCUGGCCACAUCUCCUUCCACAUACAUACCACCACCGUGGUCUGGCCACAUCUCGUUCCACAUACAUACCACCACCAUGGCCUGGCCACAUCUCCUUCCACAUACAUACCGCCACCGUGGCCAGGCCACAUCUCCUUCCACAUACAUUACUACAAUGUUUCUCAAUAAAGGAAUUAAUAUCA